CGGGAACCUCCCUGGGGUCCUCUGUGCCAGGGAACAGAACGCCGACCUCGCUUUCUUCAGCUCCCGGCCCAGGCCUGGCCCGGCCCACGCGGCCUAGCACACACCCACCAGGAGGGAGAGGAAGAGGAGGAACGAGCCAGAGGGAGCCCGGCGCAUUCCUGCAGACCUCCUGGGGCAGGACGAGCUCCCAGCAGGGCCCCCGGCCCGCGCACAGGCAACAGCGGUGGCACCGGCACCCGCCGGCACCCGCCCGCCCCCGCACAGUGGCCGCCCUGUGUAAUCUGACACUUGGCUCUCCUGGACGACCAACGAAAAGCUGGAGCCCAGAUAGCAGCUGACGGAGCCGCGGGCCCAGAGGAGCGGCGUCCAGGGAGCAGCACCGGGUCACCGAGGAGGCGUCUGAGGAGAGGAGGUGCCGGCGGCAGCCUGUGGGAAGCAGCCCGCCCGCUGACAGUGCCUGGCUCCCAGCACCUGCGUCCGCCCCCAGCACCCACACCUGAGCUCCCAGGGCCUGCGUGAGAGCUCGGAGGAGGAGGUCGGCUCCACGCCACGGGGCCGUGCCUGCCUGGACUCACGGUGGCAGCUCGGAAAAGCUGGAAAAACACGGAAAGCCGGCAGGUGUGGCUGAUUGUGGACGGAGUCAGAGACGGGCCUGCCGAGGGAGAUUCGCGCCCGGAUUUAAACCCAGCCCGGCGGGAACCCCGCGGGAACCCCGGUCGGCAUGGCAGUGGCCGACUUCGUGCAGGAGGUGAGCGCCGUGGGGCAGAGGCUGCUGCUCAAGCUGCAGAGGCUGCCGCAGGCGGAGCCCGUGGAGAUCGUGGCCUUCUCCGUCAUCGUCCUCUUCACAGCCGCCGUGCUGCUGCUGCUGCUGCUGGUCGCCUGUAGCUGCUGCUGCGCCCACUGCUGCUGCCCGGAGCAGAGGGGCAGGAAGGCCCAGGCGCGGCGGUGACUCCGCCAUGAGGGACGGAGGCCAACCGAGGAGACGCUGGAGAGGAGUCUGCCGGGGCCACGGCCCGGGUGUCAGCCUGGCCCUGCAGCCCUGACCCCGCAGCCCUGACCCCUCAAGACCGAGAUCCACUGUCACAGCGCGGGCCCUGCCCAAGGACCGGACCGAGAGACAGGAAAGCUCGUCGGGGAAACAAGGGCUGUUCCGGUCCUAAAGCUUCCCUCCCCCCGCCAGUGAACAUGGCGCGGAGGAGGGGCCGGCGGUGUCACGGACGGAGUCAAGCGCCCGGGUGCCGGCCUACCUGCACUUGUCAACGAAACACAGGAGCGGGUUGCUGCCCUGCGGGGAGCUGGCCCCGGGGUUCUGCUGCACCACGCCGAAGAGGAGGGCCCGACCACGGGGACUUCGUGCAGUGGCGGGGGGACCCCGCGCCCCCACCAGCGCGGGCCGCGCAGAUACUCCAGCCAGUGUUGGCCUGUCUCUCCCCAGCAACAGCUUUUCGGGGGGGUUUUUCCGUGGCGCCGGGCUCCUGGGCUGUGCCCCGUGCAUCAGUGCAUCAGCAAGGUCACAUGCCAGAACUCCAGGGGCGUGACCAGUGGCUGGCUAUCUUUUCAGGCCCCUGCUCUCCCCGUGCCCGUGAAAGCUGGAAAAGGCGCAGGCACGAAGGCCACCCAGGAGGGAAUGCCGCGGAACCAGUGAGGCGAGUGGGGGAGCUCUGGUCAAGCACUAGCUGCUAACGAGCUCCGACCCCCAGACUCCCACUCUGCAGUGACAGACGCUGUGUGUGCCCCAGGCAGGUGCUGGCUCAGAGGCGCCACUUAAAAGCAUCCACUGCCAUUAACUCGGGCGGGCACAGCUUGCACUAGCAGGCUCACCUUGCACUAGCAGGCUCAGGCCCCCGACUUUUCCCAAACUUCUGGAGAAAGAGAAGACAGGUCAGGCCCCUACAACUGACCACGACCUGUGUCCCGGCGCCUUCACCCUCCCCCCAUUUGUGUGCCAGACUGCCAGGGUUCAAGUCUCCCCCUCCCCAAGUCGCCAGCUGUGGGAAUGCAGGUGAGCUACGCCACCUCCCUGAGCCACAUUUUCUCCCCGUGACGAGGGGCCAGUCCUGGUAACUGCCUCCCGGGGCGAGCCUGUGGGGAUAAGCUAAGACGACCUAGGUCGAGCACGUGUGAGCUCUCUGCGGGUGUGAGUGGCUCCUCUGCACGGGGGCCGGCCCCGAGCGACACGGGCCAUUGUAACGGCGGGUCCUGCUGAAAUGCAGCCCGGCCCUGCCACCCGCUCCACCUGCUUUCCCCGCCAGAGAGCUUUCCAGGCAGAGGCGCCGCCCAGGGGUGACGGCAGGGGAGGGACGGCUCCGCGCUACCUCCCCUCCUGCCCACCGGACCCCAGGGCCAUCAAAGGUCCUCAUUUCUCACACGCCUCUGUUGCCGUGGCCCGGGCAGCCGUGCUCUGCCUGCUUGGGGACAGAACCCGGUCUGCUCAGAAAACAGGGAGUGGGGAGGGGACGCCAGCCGCUGCCACCACCCGUCACCGCCACCCUGGAGCUGGCGGGCAAGCAGAAGCAGUUUCUCUGGCUGGCUUCACUUCCUGGUGUCCCGGGACCUGUCGGUUUGGUUUCGGCUGAAGACCCGGAGAGGAAGUGCUUGCACACAAGACAGAGGAAAUCCAGGAGUCUGCCGGCGCCCUCCGCCCCGCCGGGACCACCCAAGAACGGGAUGCGGAACAGGGACAGCCAUGGUGAUGCCGGUGAUGGCGUAAAGGCAGCUAGAACCACUGAGGGCUCACACGUGUGCUCAGGCGGCGUCCUAGGAUUCCGACGCCGACGGGUGCACCGAACCCUCACAACAGCAUCCGUGCUGCAGGCGGCAUUAUCGCGCCCAUUUUAAAGACGAGGAUACGGAGCCUCAGCAACGCUAGGGAGCCUAAGUCCACCUGAGGCAGGACAGGAAAAGCUGGGAGAGUCCCUUUGCAGGGUGGACAGGGAAACUGACACAGAUGGCUGAACAAACGUGCCGAGUGAUUCACAGCCGGGAGCUGGCCGCCUCCCCUGGAGAUGGCACCUGGGCCUCGGCUGUAGUUCAGCCCCAGGCCCAGAAAAGCAGCAAAACCAGGUGGGUGAGGCCAGGGCCGGCCUGCAAUGCCUAAUGACCCCCUGUCACCGACCAAUCCGUGGAGACCAGGGUCCUGAGAGGGUGCACCUGGAGAACUGAUGCGUACCUGCGGAGACCUCCCUGGAGACCGCCCCUAAAACUGCUGCCUGCCAGAGGGAUACUCGCGCCUCAAGACAGAGGGCCCAGCUGGGGAGCAGCCCGAGCCGUUCCCUUCCCCCACAGGCAGCAUCUCCCGAACUCUGAGGGGCCCCGAGACUUGCAGUCAGGGGAAAAUGGGCAGCAGCAGCCUGCAGCUUGUGCCCAGUGGACCCCCUGAACCCGGCCCCAAGGCCCCCUUUUCUCCGACUUCCCAGGAAGCAGAGGCAGCCCGGCCUGGGCUCUCCGGUGGCUUCUCCUGUCCAAGCCCUCCCUUGUUUCUCUGUGCCCAGCUGUAAUAAACACACUCAC